GCGCUUGAAUGCGGAAGUGGAAAAACGCUUCCCUUCGCGCUUCCGGGUUCCGCCUCGCGCACAAACGGACCGACUGAUCACUCGUACCGGGAGCUCGCCGGCGCUUUAACGCACUCGAGAUGGCCGCUCGGUUACCGGCAUGUGUUGUGGAUUGUGGCACAGGGUACACUAAACUGGGUUACGCAGGAAACACGGAGCCGCAGUUCAUCAUUCCCUCAUGCAUCGCCAUCAAAGAGUCCGCGAAGGUGGGAGAUCAGGCCCAGCGGAGGAUGAUGAAGGGCGUGGAUGACCUGGACUUCUUCAUCGGAGAUGAAGCCAUCGAUAAACCCAAUUACGCCACCAAAUGGCCCAUUCGGCACGGGAUCGUGGAGGACUGGGAUCUGAUGGAGAGGUUUAUGGAGCAGGUGAUCUUCAAAUACCUGAGAGCCGAACCUGAGGACCAUUACUUCCUGCUGACCGAACCUCCUUUAAACACACCGGAGAACCGCGAGUACACGGCUGAGAUCAUGUUUGAGUCCUUUAACGUGCCGGGGCUGUACAUCGCUGUGCAGGCUGUUCUGGCUCUGGCGGCGUCAUGGACGUCUCGACAGGUCGGUGAGAGGACGCUCACGGGAACCGUCAUCGACAGCGGAGACGGAGUUACUCACGUCAUUCCAGUGGCGGAGGGGUACGUGAUCGGCAGCUGCAUUAAACACAUUCCCAUCGCAGGCCGAGACAUCACGUACUUCACACAGCAGCUGCUGAGAGAGCGAGAGGUGGGCAUCCCACCGGAGCAGUCACUGGAGACCGCCAAGGCCGUCAAGGAGCGCUUCAGUUACGUCUGUCCCGAUCUGGUGAAGGAGUUUAACAAGUACGAUACGGACGGAUCCAAAUGGAUCAAGCAGUACACUGGCAUCAACGCCAUCAGCAAGAAAGAGUUCACCAUCGAUGUGGGAUACGAGCGCUUCCUGGGACCCGAAAUCUUCUUCCACCCUGAGUUUGCUAACCCGGACUUCACUCAGCCCAUCUCUGAGGUUGUGGACGAGGUCAUUCAGAACUGCCCGAUCGAUGUGCGCCGUCCGCUCUAUAAGAACAUCGUGCUGUCGGGCGGCUCCACCAUGUUCCGUGACUUCGGCCGGCGUAUGCAGAGAGACCUGAAGAGAACGGUGGACGCACGUCUGAAGCUCAGCGAGGAGCUCAGCGGAGGGAAACUCAAGCCUAAACCCAUCGACGUUCAGGUCGUCACCCAUCACAUGCAGCGCUACGCCGUGUGGUUCGGAGGAUCCAUGCUGGCGUCAACCGUGAGUCACACACGCACACACACACACGCACACACACACUCACUCACGCUCGCUCACUCACUCACACACACAGACUUUAUCAAGUCCAUUAACAGCGAUUCUCAACUCAAGAGCUCGGGGAAGAGUGCUGUUACGGUCUCGGAAGGAGUUGGAGCGGAUAUUUCCUCCGUGAAAUGUUCUGCAACAGAAGUUGCCACCUUAGAGAAAACUGGAACGGACUCAGGGAAAGAAAGGGCUUUGGGACUGGAGCGGACACCGCCACUUCAGGAGGUUCUGCGGUGGUAUGAGGCUCUGGGAGAUCAGCCGAGAUGUGAUGAGGCUCUGGAUGAUCAGCCGAGAUGUGACGAGGCUCUGGAAGACGAGGCUCUGGAUGAUCAGCCGAGACGUGACGAGGCUCUGGAAGAUCAGCUGAGAUGUGACAAGGCUUUGGAACAGCGGCCAUGA